AUGGCGGUUCCGAGUGACAAACCGGUCACGUUAUCUCUCCUCAGAGACCUCCCCAAGAUUGAGCUGCACGCUCAUCUCUCCGGGAGCAUUAGUCGUCAAUGCUUGCAUGAGAUAUGGCUGCGCAAACGAGAAGAGGGCAAGCUACCAUCAAAUCUGGAAGACCCUCUUCUGGCAAUUCCACCUGGCAAAGUAGACUAUGAUCUUAAGACCUUCUUUCCCCUCUUUUCCAAUUACAUAUACCAUCUAUGCUUCGAUGCAUCCAGCAUCGAGUACUCAACCCGGCGCGUCCUCGAAGACUUUCGUGACGAUGGCGUCGUCUACCUCGAGCUUCGGACCACACCCAGAACCAGCCCAGAACACGGCAUCUCCAAGGAAUCUUACGUUCAGCUGGUCUUGAGCACCAUUGACGCGUUCAACCAGGAGCAAGCCUCCUCGAAGCAGUCAAAUGAAUCUCCCUUCAAAAGCUCUCCCAUGAAAACAUACCUCAUCCUCUCCAUAGACCGACGCAACACUGCCGCCGAAGCGAUGGAAGUCGUCGACCUCGCCCUCCGAUAUCAACACCGCGGCGUCGUGGGAGUCGAUCUCUGCGGGGACCCGUCAAAGGGAGACGUCGCCAUUUUUGGUCCAGCAUUUGAAAAAGCCGACGACUACGAUCUGGGAAUCACACUGCACUUUGCAGAAUCCGAGUCCGUCACCGAGAAGGAGCUCCAAACGCUCUUGUCGUUUGACCCACAUCGUAUCGGGCAUGUCAUCCACCUACCAGAGGGAUAUCGCGAGGAGAUUGCCGUUCGCAAGCUCGGCCUCGAGCUGUGCCUGUCGUGUAAUGUCCAUGCGAAAAUGAUUACAGGCGGAGUAGAGAACCAUCAUUUUGGUUAUUGGAAAAACAAGGGUUGUCCGAUUGCGUUAAGCACAGACGACGUCGGCGUUUUCUGCAGCCCGCUCUCAAAUGAGUACUUUCUCGCUGCGUCGCAUUUCAACCUCUCGUUCGCGGAGAUAGUGCAAUUGUGCAAGGGCGCUGUCGAGGUUAUUUUCGGAGGAGACGAAGAAAAAGACCGGCUGCGGAGCUUGUACAAGCAAUUCUCUUGAUUUGGAUAGAAUGGUUCAUGUAAGUCGCCAUUGGCACAUGGUAGCCGUAGACAAGCUUGCUUUGGGACCUUUGCCUCUCAUGGGCGAAAGGAGCGCGAUAGACUUGGCUUAGCACCGGCCGGUAGGGCAGUAUAUUCUACGGGGCACUCAAAAACCUCAAAUAAAGAAUAAAAUUCAUCAACCGUUCCAAG